UAGCUCCUCACCGACCGCAACAGCAGCUGGGGAAGCAAACCACUUCGUUGAACGAGGAUCCGUGGAAAAUCUUUGUGAAAGUGUAAACAGACGAGAUAACAUCUGAAUUAAACUGCUCUGAAGCAUUGUUACUUUGUCAACUGAAUAACGGAAACAGUCGUCGCUUUUCGCCGGUACCGAGGAUAAUACAAAACUUCCCAAAGAGGAAUUCUUCAUUCAGGAUGUCGGAGUGAAACAAAGAGGUCUGGGGGCAUUCCUGUCAGAUAGGGGUUGAACUUCAUCCGUGUGGCCUUCUCUGAAUGGGAAAGAUGGAAAGGGAGUUACAAUGGUGGAAAGGACAGCUAGCAGGGGAUAUCCAUCAGUCCCUCCGCAUCAAGGAGUUGAAGCUGCCUGUGUACCGGGCCCACUCCCCUCAGAUAGGGAUGCGUCGGUACUUUGCGGACCUGCUGGCCAUACUGUCGAACCGCUACCAGCUGUGUCCUACAGCCAGACACCUGUCUGUCUACCUGCUGGACCUGUUCAUGGAUUGCUACGAUGUGGCCGUCAAACAGCUCUACGUCAUCGCUCUGUCCUGCCUGCUCCUCGCCAGUAAGUUUGAGGAGAGGGAGGACCGGGUACCUAAGUUGGAGCAGCUCAACUCCCUGGGCUUCAUGUGUUCUCUGAACCUUGUUCUCAACAAGAGAGACCUCAUCAAGAUGGAGCUGCUGCUGUUGGAGACGUUCAGCUGGAACCUGUGUAUGCCCACCCCGGCCCACUUCAUAGACUACUACCUCCAGGCCUCGGUGCAGGAGGGAGACCUGUACAACGGCUGGCCUCUCUCCUCCCUCUCCAAGACCAAAACCUUUAUGGACAAGUACACACACUACUUCCUGGAGGUGUCACUGCAAGACCAUGCGUUCCUGAGUUUCCGGCCGUCUCAGGUGGCGGCAGCGUGCGUAGCGGCGUCUCGUAUCUGUCUCCAGAUUUCUCCUAGCUGGACCACGUCUCUACACCUACUGACUGGCUACACCUGGGGCCACCUCACACACUGCAUCAAACUCAUGCUGCUUGCACAUGACAGCGACGUGAAGGAGGCCAGCAAACCCAAAUCCACCCCUCUGUUGUCUCGAUCCGCCGCUCUCCAGUCUCACCCUCCUCUCUCCCACCUCUCACCGGUCCCAGCCAUCCAGAGACCAGCUACCUCCUCCUCCACCCCCCAGCAGCUCUUCUUCCAGCCCAGCCCAGUGGGCUUCCCACACCUCUCCCCCUCCCUGUCCCAGCUCCACGCGCUAGCCGACUCCCAGGCUUUGGAGCCUGCUGGAGUCAACAUGUCCCAGGACUUCCUCCAGAGCCACAGGAUGGGGCUGCUCACCGGGGCCAACACCAUGACCUCCACAGCAGGGGCCUUCCCCUCCUAUCCUAGCCUGACUUCGGGGCUGCAGCCUGGGGCUCGGGUGGCACCGCUGGCCUUGCAGGGCCCCAUCUCCAUGCAGUUAGCCUUGGCUGCGGAGCCGAGACACUGCCUCAGCAUGGCCUACAGCCGGGGGUACCUGGGGGGCGUGGGCCCCCACCACACCUUCACGGCAGCGGGCUGCUUCGACAGAUGACGCCAGGAGACAGAGGAGAGGAUGAACAGCAAACCACCCCGAGCCAGGGACAGGGAGCGCUACAAUCCUCUCCCAUCACUACUUCCUCCUCCUCUCCGGUCCCUGGCAGACCUCCUCACUCUCUCCAUCAGCACCCCGCCCCCCUCCUCGGCCGCCCCUUGCCCUGCGGCCCCCACCUUCAGACAGAGACGGAAAGAAAGACUGCUCAAACGCAAGCAAAGGUCGAAGGGCACCGAUGACCCCGUGGAUGUCAUCACACUGACAUGACGCCACUGACUGAUGUUAAACACGGUGUUCUAAUCACGUCACAGGAACGUGAAGCCAAAAGGCAGAAGCAUUAAAACACUGUAGAAUGGUCACCGUAUGUCCCUGGUUAAGAUGCUGUUAUCACUGUGAACCAGAGGCUAUGCAGCAUGAUUCCUCCUCAGUGCCUCCUGGGUUUUGAUCAGAGUGACUUCUGUCUGUGAAUUCAGCUGAAGAUUAAGUGCUGCUCGAUCUCUCUCUCUCUCUCUCUCUCGAUCUCUCUCUCUCUCUCUCUCUCUCACUCUCUCUCUCUCUCACUGUAAUCAACUCCACUGAAGAUGAGAAAUAGGCCAGUAAAUUAGUUUUGAGCUGCUGAAUUGGGAACAGUGGUAUGACUUGUUAUAAGCAGACAUACCAGUGAGUUGAAGAUGCUAUGUCAUUGCUAUGUCAGUGUGUGUGUGUGUAUUGGCUUUAUAUCACUCUUAUGACAGUGAAUAACUUGAUUAUGUCACUAAGUGCUACAGGGAGCCCUCUGAGAAUUCCUACCCAUAAUCCUCAAUGGAUGGAUGGGGAGGUCAGAGUUCAUUGUUCUGUCACUGCAGAGGAAUUCCACAGUUAACACACCUGUCAUGUUUUGGUUCUCUUCUCAUCCUCCUUCCUUUCUGAGCGAGAGAGUGUAUUAAAUGUAGCAUUCUAAUUCUAUGCUUGGAACUUUGUUGAUGUGUACAUAAUGACAUGCUGCUGCCUUCUAUAUGAACUGAUGGUUCUGUGUGAGCUGAAGACUUGUUUCCAUGAACCACAGCGUGUAUCAGGGACUUGAUGUAAUAGAUUACUUGAAUACGAUGCCAUUGAAACGUGACGUAACUUUUAAUUUAAGUUGUUGCUUUAUUUUGUAUUUCUUGGUUGUUGUUUUUUUUUUUUUUUAUACCGGUGUGAAACACACUUAUGUUUUUAUUUUUUAUUUUAAAUGUAAAAAGCCAUUGUAUAGCAACUGAAUAUUCAGGCUCAGGUUGUUAGGCUGAGGAUAUCCAAUCAGCCAUCUCCUUAUUGAGGAGGUUACCCAAUCAGCUGUUUUCUUACUAGUUCGUGUGCUUUAAGUAGAUGCUAGCAUGGCACCCAAGAGGGUUUCUCACUUCUCUCCCAGAGGAAGAGGAGCUGCCUUUUUAAAUGACAAAGAUAUAUAAAACACACUGUUUGCAUCCUGAUGGAAUCCGUGACCUCGCGGUCGAUGAAACACACAAGCCCAUCUGCAGCUGAUCACUAAUUGCUUCCCACAUUUCCAAAACUUCCACUUCCUGCUGGAACGUAAACACAUCCAGAUUCCCCUUCUGCGUCACAGGCGGUCUCGCUGGUUACCGUGGCGAUGGCCAACAAUCUAAAUCAGGGGGCUCACUCAGAAGGACAGUUGGAAGGUUACAGAAUGUUUAGAUGCCCAUAACUGAUCUAAACGGCACGUUUCUAUCUGUUGUGUAGAGCAGGGAAUGAUGGAAGCUCUAGAAAUCACAUUUCUAUUUGCAACAGUGUUAACUUCUGGUCCUUUUCUGUCGGUAUGCUUUGAAUGUGUACAUUUUUACUAUGGUUGUACCUUGUCCCCAACAGUUGUCAUACAUGUGCUAUGCUGAUACUACUACGGCUGUGUCCUGAUUCUCAAUGUUCUGGGCUUAGAUAUCGAGACACUUUCAUUGAACACUGUGAAGCCUGGCUUUAGCAAGAUAUCUGGCAAGCAUCUGAAAUGUGUCAACUUUAUAUAGCAUAAACAUACCUUACUGUAGUCUAGAUUAGUAUUUUACUACAAAUGGAAUGAAGGGCUUAGUAGGAACCAAAUGCAUCUUCCUGACUGACCUCUUCUGAACUGUCAAUCCCACUCACUGUAUGGUCAUCACUACUUUUAUAGACAAAAGGAUUCUUCCUUUUAACUUUUGUAUAGUUUUUUUUAAAGUGCAUUUGAUUUAGUCUUGUUCUUCCUGUGUUAAUAAAGAUUGAUGCGGUCGGUGUGGAGUACUAGGUCAUAUUCAUUAGGCACCAAACGGAAGAAGACACGCAGGGAGGGACUAAAUCAGAUUUUUCUUUAUUGGACAAGUUCGCUUUGGCUACGGUAUGACCUAUUGAAUAAGACCCUGUUUUAAGUGAAAGUACUCUCUUCCCUCACUAAAAAGCUACUUCUCUCACUGAGGUCUCAAGGUAGUUUUGUUGAUAGAACCAUAGCAUCAGAAUAAUUCAUUCUGUUUAUGGCUAGAACUCUUCUCACAGCCCUCACUACUGGUUCAUCUUUUAGGACUUAUUCUUUGACAUUAUUUUGUGAUUUGACUCCAUGUUGCUCCUUGCUGCCAGAAAGCAGAGAGCUCUGAACACAUAACUAUGUUGCAUAUUGCAGCCUUGACUGGUGUACUGCACAUGUUGCUAUAGCGAUACUGUGCAUUUUUCUAUGUACACAGAACUGUGCUGAUACCAAACAACCACACUACUUGUCAUUUCAUUGGACAUGAAAAAUGUCCCAGUAUUUUUUGUUGAUAAAGGGGCUUUUAUCAGAUGAGCCAUUGAAAUAAACAACAAACUGAA